AUGUCUAAAUCAUGGCAAAUUCAUCAAAGUUUACAAGAUAGCUUAUGUUCCCAAUUAAACAAAGAUGAAAUCCUUGAAGAAUUUUUAUAGGUUUGUAAUCAUAUUGCGAAUGAAGAUUAAAAUAGUAUCAAAAGUUUGAAUUCAAAAUUGUAAACUAUCAAAAAACACUAUGCCUAACAAAAAUGCAGGAUUGAUCAUCAAUUUAAAUACAUCCAGACUUUGUUGGAAUAAAAAAGAAAAGAUUUAAUCACUUAAUUAAAUAAUCAUGAAUUGGAAUUAGAUAAAACAUUCAAAAAUCUCAGAGAUGAGGUCACUCAAAUCUAAUCUGUUGUCUUUAACAUCUAGAAUGACAUCCUGAGUAAUAGAUAAGAAAUCCUAACAGAAGUAGAUGAAGAAACCUUUCAGAAUAUCCUCACACAAUUUGAUUAAUAAAUACAAAUGGCAUAAAACUAUAAGAAAGAACUCUUGUCCACAAAGAUAACACUAAUUAUAAUUGAGGAGUGGACAGCUAGUCAUCAGGAUGUAAUAAAGCAUCUACUCAAUUAAUCAAUUACAAUAAAGGAUUACUAAAAAUAAAUAGAGCCUCAUCAUUCAGAAAUGAGUGCCUCAACUUGCAGCGAUAAGAUGUACUCAUCAAAUAGAUCAAGUUAAGAACUUCCAAUUUAAUAGACUCCCUUGAUAAUUAGUUUUGAUUAAAAGUACUUUGUGCAAUCCAAGUAGAAUAACAUCACAAAAUCUGAAUCAGAUAUCCAUGAUAGUUGUGAAUCAGAUUUUUUAGACGAGUGGACAAAUCAAUGA